GUCUUUAACCUCUUAGAUAAAUAGUGUAUAACAACUUUCUAUGAUGGAUGAAGUUUGAGGUUUGCAAGGUGAGCAGUUGGCUUGGAAGUUGGCUAGAAAGCAGGGAACUACUGAGGCAACUGCUAGCUAAAUACUUAGUGUAUGAUGAAAGUGCACUCAGAAUCUUUCUUAGAGUGAGAAGAGCUUUCUGAUGAUGUAACAAGAUAGAUUGAUAAUCAACCUUAAUGAGAGCAGUGGUCUCGGCAGUUGGGUAGAAACCAGAUAACUGCUGAGGCACCUUCUUAGGUAAAAGUGAAGGUAUGGGAAGAUUGAUUAUGUAGUGUUGCUUAGGGUGAUGAGGGCUUUCUGAAGAUUUGCUUUUGUGUAAGUGAGUGGGAGUCUUACUGGAGCAGUGGUCUCGACAGUUGGGUGAUAGUGAGGGAACUGGUGAGGCUCCUGCUGUGAUUCAGUUUAAGUUUCAGAAACUAAUUUUGAACAGACUCCUUGUUUGGAAUGUUGUGAAGGUCUGGAGGAGUUUGAGUGAUUUCAAGGGAGUACUUUUAUAUGAGCAGUGGGCUCAGCAGUUGGGUAGUCACCAGGGGACUGCUGAGGCAAAUGCUACCCUUAAGAUUAGUGAAUCAGAAUUCUAAUAGGACACACUUGUAGUAGAAAUGUUUACAAGGUUUUUGUGAAAAACUUGUCUCAAAGAAAGCAAGUAAUUAAGCAGUAGGAUAAGCAGUAGGGUCAAUUAAGACUACUGCUUAGGAUGUUGCUGGCAAACUCCAAUCUUUUUGUGAGAAGUGUUGAGUGUGUGCUUUGUUGAAUGAAAGUUAAUCAACACACAGUAUAUUCUGGUUCAGAGGUGGUGUAAUCCUCCUACGUCCAGUCCCACCCUAUUUCAGAUGGAUUUCACUAAAGUAUUUAACCCAAUACACUUAGUGUCAAUAUAGCCUUUACAACACUUAGGCCUAGAUUGAAGGCUUUUCACAAUGAGUAUAACACCACUCAAAGUUACUCAGUCCUUAGACUUUUCUCAAAUGAUCCGGUGGGGAUCAAAGGUACUCUAUCUAUCUCACCACACUGUAGGAUCUGUACAACUGUUCUCCUAAGUGUUUACAACAAUUUGUGAUUUGAUUACAAGAAAGUUCUAACCUCCAUCUAGGAACUAACUUCUCAAAUUUAGCAAUGAACACUUGUGACUAAGAAGUUUAGUGAAGCAAGAGUCUAAGCAGAGAGUAAGGUAUAGAUUCACACUUUCUCUUUUGCUAGAUAUCUCGUGAAUGCUCAAAGAAAUAUUGCUCUACUUAGAAUGCUCAAGCUUGGUUAGAAACUUUCGUUUCAGCCUAUAUUUAUAGGCUUCUCCUGUGAAUUAAUCUCAUCCGUUGGUUAGGAUGAAUUAAUCUCUGACGUUGAAAAAUUGGCAAGGACGAAUUGUACGUUUAUCUUCUUGUGCUGGAGCAUUUAUUGAGACGAUUUCUUUGUCUUGAGUAUCUCAGCCGCUGAAGCAUCUCUUUAGAAAAUAUUCCCAUGUGUGCGUCCUAUGCUCCGGUCCCAUGUACAAAUGUAGUAUUAAUUGCCGGUCUAUUUUUGUCUUCAAUCAUUUACAUUCAAUAUAUUUGAUUUUCCGAGCUUCUUUUCUUUAAAAUGUGACAUACAAUUAAUCUUUGAGCUAAAAUAAUAUAUACCGGUAGGAUCUAAAUAUCCUAUUAAGGUAAAUAAAAAUUACCUUAUUGCAUUUUAACUUUUCCGGUAAUAUUUAAUUCGACUCAAAAAUUGUACAUUUUAUUUUGUCACAUAAUUUUGAAUGCUAACACACGAACAAUAUUGAGACAUAAUGUACACGUGCUAAGUAUUGUGGCAUCAUCAAAAUCUAUCAAAAUUGGGUACUAACACAUUAUUUAGCGCAACCGUAUCGGGCCGCAAUGGAGGUGAAAUUUCAAAUCGCAACGGGGCCAUAUCAGAUCGUAUCAGGACAUCAACACUAAUUAUUUUCGUAUUUCGUUUGAAUGUAAAAUUUAAAUUACACCGCAUCGGACGCAAUACGCAUCGCAACGGCCACAAUAACCGCAACCGCAGUUAUCACAAUCACAACGUUGUCACAAUAAAAAACCUUGCUUUAGCCUAAAGAGUAAAUAUAUAAUAUAUAUGAUGAUUGAUAAUUUUAUAUAUCGUCAUUAUUGUUUGUGGUUGGAUCAAAGUAAAAGGGCAUUAUAUUGAACUUUGGAACCUAUGAAUAAUUCACAAUAUCUACUACGUAAUUUUUUUCAUUUUAACUCAUACUUCGUAUCAAAUUGAUAAACGCCAAUGUUGUUCUCAUAAGAUGGAUGGCUUUUAUGCCUUUUCAAUUUUUCAGCAUAAGAACUUUUAUGUUUUUCUUUUGGAGGGUUUUGACCUCAAUAUUACUAAACACCAGAUAAAUGAUAAAAAAAAUUGAUCAUUUUUUUAAAGUUCCAAAAAUGUGAAUAUAUGUUUUAAACUUACUAAAUUACCCCUAAUAUUGAGUGACUUUAUGUUAUAGUUACAAGAUCAGUCACAGUGACACCCGCCAUAGUGACAUACGCUGCUAUGACCACUCAUCGCCGCCGCCGGUGACUACCACCGAUGACCGCCGCCUGUGACCACCACCGCCAUCGGUGAUCGCCGUCGCUGACCACAGUGACACCUCCAAAGUGACUCUGAUCAUAGUUACUCCGACCACAGCUACUUCGGCUACAGUCAGUGAUGGAUUUAAGGGGGGCGCGGGGGUGCGACCGCCCCCCUUGGACUUUCAAAAUUUUCUACUAUAUAUGUAAUGUUUUUGUAAAAUUUUGAUACUUAAUUAGAUUCGCCCCCCUUAACUUUUUUUUGAACAUUGUCCCCCUUAACUUUUAGUUUUUAAAAUUAAUAUAUAAUCUUACAUAAUGUACUCCGUAAUACUUAAUUGGAGAUUUAAAAGAAGGAACAUCUAAAAUCAUUUACAUAACUUAAAUAAACAAUAGAACAACUCAUUAUUUAAGAUUUAGGAUACUUAUUAUAUAAAAAUUACUAGUUUUGUAAUGUUUAAUUAUCUUUAUUAGAUAACCAGUAAACAAUAUAAUUUUGAAAAAUAUAUAUCAAAUGAUAUUAAAUACCAGACACUCUAGCUACAAAGUUUUUAGAUCAUGUGAAGUGAAUCAAAAUUAUAAAUGUUUAUUGAUGUUGGUCCAAAAUAGGGCGCUCGUAGGUUUUUAGGAAAACUACGUACGACACUCAAGCGGGAAUCAAGAAAGUAAUAUGAAUAAGGAAAGUUGCAAAGGAGAUUUGGUAGCUAGACUGGAGGCUCCCAACUGGGCUGGUCGGCAGGCUCCUGGCUAGACUGGAAGAUAGGCUCCCCACUGGGCUUGAAGGCAGGUUCUCUUGGGUUUUCGGUUGGGCCGGUAGGCAGGCUCUCCGCUGGGCUGGAAGGCAGGCUCCCCGCUGGCCGGGCUGGAGGGCAGGCUCCCCGCUGGGCCGGUCGACAGGCUCUCUUGGGCUUCCGCUCCUUGAUUGGCCUGAUCGAUUGAGCCGACUCGAGCUCUGGGUUGCUGGGCUUGGGCCUGCUGGUCCAAGUUCGGGGCCUCGGCCGAUUAGGCUCUGGGCCUAGUCCUGUAACCCCAUCACGAGUCCCCCACUCCCUUAGUCGAGUAGUAGACUCGGCUAAGAGGGAGUAGUUCAAGUCAGCUGCCAAUUUAAAAAAUAUUCACAUACCAGGGAGCCAUAAUUGUGGAUUCUGUCAAUCCCACAAUUUAUGGAGAUUUACAAAUUUUAAAUAAGGCUCCAAAUUAAUUUCCUUCAACAUCCUAGCAUUGCAGCAGUCAGCUCUCUCCCGGAGUUCAGAAUCCAAGUCGGCCUCCCAAAUUCCUGAAAUUCAUUAUUAUUUUAUAAUUAUGUUCGGACUUUAUUUUAUUUUCCCCUUUUUUCUUUUCCGUCCUUUUUUUCUUUUCUUUCCUUUCUUUUCUUUUUUCUCUCUCCUGGAAACUGCGUGUGUCGUCCUCGCGUCUGCCUAGCGCAGCGCCACAGUCAAUGCAGUUGACCGACGUCUAGGCUGGCGGCCCCCCAUCCGGACGGACGCCCAUGUUUGCGAAGCUCUGGCAGAUUCCUGCGUCGAUCUAUAGCCAAUGUGGCGGCUCCCCAGGAUGACGAUGCCUUCCUUCGGGUGAAGCUCUGGCGGUUCCCCUAGGCGGCGACGGCUUCCAGGUGCCGGUUCCAGACGACGACGGAUUCCAGGCGGUGGAUCCAGGUGGCGACAGCUUCCAGGUGAAACAUCGGAUCUCCUCGGCUGGCAUCCUUCCACCUCUGGCGAGCAACUGGCCGGCAGACCCUUGGAAGCUCUAGGUCGGGUGGACCUCUCCAUGUAUGCAGGUGCAAGGAGUAUGAUGUCAUCUCCGGGUCGACAGGCCCAAAGCUUCCCAUCGCCAGUGAUCUCUCCCUAUCGGGCCGACCCAUCUUCCAGGCCGGAUUUGGCUUGCACCUUACUCUAUUCGGGCGAGUCUCCAGGAGUUCUCACUCACGCUUUCCCCAUUCCCGGUCGGCGGCCCCCUUAUUGGUUGGUAAUAGCAAUAGGGGGUGACAGCUCCCAAAGUCCCAAGCAGCCACGGCUCUUUGGCAGAGAGAGGCUCUCAGACUACACCACAAGAUUGGUAGUGUGCAAUCAGCCGACAGAUCUGUAAUUGGGUGACGUUAGUGGUUGUGCCUCUAUAGUUGUUGCUGGUUCGUUUCUUUCCUGAAUUCCUGAGACAAGAUUUAUUUUGUCUACAGGGUAUGUUCAUGACUUUGGAGGCAUUCCGAGUUUUGAUUGUGCCUGGGCAAAGUUCUCUCACGAGUCUGACAAGGUGAAUGACGUUGGGACAGGCAACGAGACACUUGCAUAGUUCCAUGCCUCCGCUAGGUUUUCCCACGUGCUUGAAGAAUCAUCAUGGUGAGAAAGAUAUGGCUCCAUCAAACUUGGCGACAAACCAACGGGAUGAGAACAACCAUGGACGGGAUGACAUACCAUUGUACAUGAUGGUGCUGGGUCAGUUUAGCGGUGACCUUGUUUUUUUUAGCUUGCAGCCGGCCUAUGUAAACUUUGACUCAACAUUAAGUCCUGAAUCAUACAUUUCUUUUUCUAUACUUUGCUUUCUUUCUUUUUUUCUCUUUCCUGGACUUCCAUCAUGUGUGCGUGCGCCCUGUCCUAGGCGGCUAGGUGGCUGGGUCCCCCCUGGUCGGAUGGCAUCGUCACCUCCAUGGAAGCAGGCGACUAGGCGGCAAAGCGACCGGGUGGCCGGGCGGCCGGGCGGCCAGGCGGCCAGACGGUCAUGCGGCCAGGCUGAAGUCUCUAUUCCUUGGGGUUCCGCGUUGUCUGGCGGUCGCCCCGGUGCUCUUCUUCCUCUAGGUGGCAGGGUUGUUGCCGCCAUCAUUUGCUUGGCAGUGACAGAGACCACACAAGCGUAGGGGUCCAGCGCCACUGUCCAGGGUGACGGCGCUCAGGCAGAUGGAAUCCAAGAUUAGUAGUGUAACUUCCGGGCUGACAGCCACCCGAGAGGUGGUGGGUCCAAGGUCAGAGUGCUGCUCCUCGGUGGUAGGAAGUAGGUGGGUGAUCCAAACUCUUUGGAUGACACCUUCAUCCCCGCAUGGUUGAAGUCGUUGAGACCUUUGAGGUUGAUAUCGACUGUCCUAUUGCAACUGCAUAUAUCCUUCGCCCCCACAGGAAACGGGUCAAUUCGGGCCGGCUGGGACCUUUGCAAAAGCAUAAGUGCAGCCGACACGUGUGGGCAGCAUGCUAGUGCUCCUCGAAUUAUCUUGUUUUUAGAGCCACGUAGCUCCUUAUCUUGUUACUUGAUUCUGAUAACCUUUUUAACCUAUUUGUAGGAUUUCAUGCUCUGUAGAGGUCCCCAAACGUGUGAAGAAUCAUGAGGACGAGAGAGCUCCACGGCGGGGAGCCUACCUUCCAGUUUGAACUUCAAAACAUGUAAGGCGGCAGAUGCCCCUAUCGUGGAAAUGGCAGUCAAGGCUUUCCCUCAGGAGGCUCAACAAUGCAAGUUAAUUGCGACACAGUACUUAGGCGUCAGUCGCAGGUUGACGGUGGCGUAGUACAUGGGUGACGGCCAAGAGUAGACCGUCCAUGUCAAUGACUGAGUUGACUUUCGGAUUCCAGGAGAGUUCCUUAAGCUUCCUAGCAAUCCCUUGACUAGAUCAUUGUAUUUGAUGGCGAUGGGUUCUCC